AAAAGAAAAAAAAACACAUUAUGAAUAAGGGAACAAUUCUAGUCAUUAUAUUAUUGUAUAAUAUUUUCAUUUUAAUUGUACAAAGUAUUCAUGAUAUUCCAUUACGUGUAGACAUUAUUGAAGAAUGUCCAACUGGAAGUAUAAUACCUGGAAUUGCUGAAUAUUUACAACAAUUAAUAUCUCGUGAACAAAUGAAAGGUUUAAUACAAACAACAACAUUUCAAUUAAUUAAUGAUGGUACAUUUUCAAAUUUAUUUAGUUUAGAUUCAAAUACUGGUCGAUUAAUUGUUAAUGGACGCAUUGAUCGAGAAGCUUUAUGUUCAUCAUGGGAUAAUAAUGCUGGUACUAGUGGUUCUGUUGGAAUUAAUAGUAAUAUUAAUGAUAUUGUUGCAACACAAAGAAAUUCAAAUUUAAUGAAUGCAAAUGAUUUGUUGAAUUCUCCAGCAAAUGAAUGUUUACAACCUUUAAAUAUAUUAAUUAUUACACGAACUAAUCAAGAAUCACCACAUUUAACUACUGGAGCUGGUGAAAAACAUGCUGAAACACCGGUUAAAACGACAAGGAUAUUAAUACAUGUAAUAAUACAUGAUAUUAAUGAUAAUGCACCUAGAUGGCAUGAAAACAGUCUUCUACAUGUAAGCUUUGUCGAAACACCCUCAUCAUCAAAUAACAAUGGAUGGAAUAAUGUUCAGACAAUUCUACGACCUAUCAAUGAGAAUGAUGCAAUUAGAAAUGCAAAAUCAAUUGAUCGUGCUUAUGAUCCAGAUAUGGGUCAGAACGGUACAAUUGUUUAUCGAUUAAUUGGUCCAGGUGCAGAUUAUUUUCGAUUAGCAGAUAAUUUUAACAGAAAAACAAAUAAUGAUAAUAAUGACCAAUAUCAUAGUCAAUCAAAUACUGAUUUACUGAUUCACCGAAAAAGUGAUCUAAGCAUGGAUUUAUAUAAUAUCAAUAAUAAUAAUAAUCAUAUAAACCCGAUGACCGGUACACAUGAAACAUCAUUACAGAUUUGGCCUAUACUCCCUCUAGAUAGAGAAACAAAGGAUUUUGCUGGACAAGGAGGUGUUUACAAUUUAACUUUGUUAGCAAGUGAUUUAGGUAAUCCACCGAAAAGUACAAGUAUACCACUUUUAAUCACUUUAAUCGAUGUCAAUGAUCAUAUACCACAAUUUCAUAAUCCAGUUAAUCAAUAUGAAGUAAAUAACCAUUUAAGUUCAAAUAAUAAUAAUCUCGAAUCAAAUUACGUAAUCUAUAGACCAUUGAAUGGCAAUUUACGUGAAACACUACCUAUCGGUAGUUUUGUACUACAAUUAAAUGCUUCUGAUCAAGAUGAAGGAUUACAUUCAAAGCUAGUUUAUGGAUUUUGUCCAUGUGAUCGUAAUUUAGCACAGAAUUAUUUUAAAAUAGAUUCUAUCACAGGACGUAUUACUGUAGGUCAUUCAUUGGAUUAUGAUAAUGGACCGAGACAAUUUCGAUUUAAAGUAAUUGCUAAGGACAGUGCACCAGAACCAUACACAUUAACGGGUACAGCUAUUGUUGAAAUAAUGCUUGCUGAUGAAAAUGAUGAAACUCCACAGAUAAAUGUUAUGCUGUUACAACCAAAUUCUCCUCAUGAUACUUCUCCGUCAAAUCCCUAUCCAUUUCAGUCGAAUAAAAUUAAACAAAACUCAGAUGGUGCGAAAUUGUUACGUGAAUUUACAACAACGAUAAAUGAGAAUCCUCAACCGGAAACAGUGAUUGCUUAUGUUCAGGUAUUUGACCCGGAUCAUCAUGGACAAGAUCAUAUUCAUUGUCGUCUGGGUCCGACAGACAACUUCACGUUACAGUAUGAUCCAUCAUCAUCACCAACAUCAUUGUCAUCAGUAUCAUCAACAUUGACUUCAACAGGGAGCAAUUCAUUGUUAUAUCUUACAAAACGUAAUCCUUUAUAUGAAAACUCAUUACAACGAUCACUAACAAAUACUGUACAAAAUAAACAAGAUUAUCGUUUAAUAACUGGAACACGAUUAACAGAUCUAUCAUCUCCAUAUUCACGUUUAGAUCGUGAAGUAACUCCAACACAAACAAUCACUUUAACAUGUACAGAUAGUGUAGAUAAUUCUGCUUAUGUAAUAAUUAAUGUACACUUAGCUGAUUUGAAUGAUAAUUCACCAGAAUUUGUAAAUAAUGGUCACUUUGUAUUUCAAAUACCUGAAAAUCAAGAAUUACCUGGUAAUAAACCAAUUUGGCUUGGACGUACAAUUGCAGUGGAUAAUGACCAAGGUGUAAAUUCUUUACUUACUUAUCGUUUAGAAAAUGAUGAAAAUAUGGUAAAUAGAUACGAAAAUAAGGAGUAUGGUACUACUGAUAAUGACAAUAUCCCACAGAUUACUCAUAACAUUAAUAAUAUGUUUGAAUUAAAUCCACAAACAGGUGAUUUAUAUGUUAAAAUUGUAUUUGAUCGAGAAACAGCACCAAAUGAUGGAGUAUAUCGAUUAAAGGUAUUAUGUAUUGAUAAUGGUGAACCAUCAUUAACUGGAACAGCUCAAGUUGAAGUUUUUAUUUUAGACGAAAACGACUGGCCUCCACAAUUCACACGUGAAGUGUACACAUUCAGCGUACCAGAGAAUAUGAGAAUUCAUGAAAUAGUUGGUGAGGUUGAAGCUAUAGAUCGUGAUGCAGAUAGUAAAGGGAAAAUAACUUAUCAGUUGAUUACACAUUCAUAUCAACCGGUAAAUGAAAUAUCUGACUGGGCAUUACCAUCAUCGAACCAAUAUAAUUCACGUAGAUUACAUUCACGUGCACCUGGAAAUAAAUUAAUUGUAAAUGAUAGAAUAUCAUUAACAGUAGAAAACACUGAGUCAAAUAGUACUUCAAAUAGUGAACUGACUAGAGAUAAGCAGUUGAAUAAAACAGGUAAACAGUCUCUUGAAAUAAUGGAUCCAAGUACACAACAAAAUGAAUUAAAAAAGACAACUUUUUCAAACUUAACGAAUGAACUGUCAAGAAAUGACAUAAGACCAGUUAAACAAAUAAAUUAUUCACAUUCUGAUAAAUCGCUAACUUUAUUAAAUUAUUUUGCAGUUGAUCGGUUAACUGGUAAAAUACGUCUUAUACGUGCAUUGGAUCGUGAAUCGGUAGCAUUUUUUACCAUAGAAAUUGUUGCCAUUGAUUCUGCUCCAGUUUCACCGAUUAUAUCAUUACGUCAGAUAAAUAGUAUGAUGUCUACAUCAAAGUUGAAUAAUGGUAAUAAUAAUUUCACAUUAAAAAAUGCAUAUAACACACCUGUACAUAAAUCGUUGUCAUCUACUGCUACAGUUGUAAUUGCUGUUACCGAUAUUAAUGACAAUCCUCCAGUAUUUCGUCGACCAAAUACAUCAACUGCUAUUCAGCUUAGUUUACAUGAAACACUAGGCAGACAAUUGCUUACAAUGGAGGCAACUGAUUCAGAUGAAGGAGAAAAUGCUCGAAUCACUUAUCAAAUACGAUCAGAAGUCCCACGACCACCUGGUGGCUCAGGAACUGGACAUUUUGCUAUUGACGAAUCAAGUGGAAUGUUAUUCAUAGCCAGACCUUUGAACAAUACAACUACACAUCGAUUUGUCGUUGAAGCUUGUGACGGUGGAGCUGGUUCAUCUAAACGCUGUACAUUAUCUCCAACUAUACGUAUAAACGUAUUUGAUGGUUUAAACGAACCAGUAUCAAAUUCAAAUGGUGAUCUACUUGUUUAUCAAACUGGAACAGCAGCGAACAAUGAUGAAUUAACUGUUGGCUCUGUUAUGGCUGUACAAAAUGGACGACGAAAUGAAAUUGUUGUUGUUUGUUUGGUUGUGAUAUUUAGUAUAUUGUUGAUGGCAACAAUUUUGUUGGUCAUAUGUUUAAUACAUAGACGUGGGUUAAGUGCACGUCAAUGGAUUGGUAAUCGUUCUGAAAAUCUAACAUCAGAUAAACAGGAUUGUAAAAAAGAUCACAAUAUUAUUAAUAAAACGGUUAAUAAUCGAUCGAAUAUUGACCUAUGGAUGGAAAACCAAUUACCAGAUGAACAGGCAGAAUUGAGAAACGAUAUGAAACUUGAAUCAAAAUCUCAUCUGCCAUAUGGAAUGACGAAUAUUCCAAUUGAUGGUAAUAUUCAAACCUAUACUGGUCAUGAGGAAUUGGGUUCUCCAACACGUAUUUUAACAAAUAAUGCUGUACUAAGUUAUCAUCAACCAACUAUAAUAUCACCUCUUAUUUCGGAUCUUCAACAACCUCACCAUCAACAUAGUCAUUCUUUAUUAAAUCACAUGGAUCACACCACAAUGAAUAUAAAUAAUAACAGUAAUACGUUUACUCCAAGUCGUCUACAUUUACUUUCUAAUACAUCCAUGGGAAUUAGUCCUUGUGGUAUAUAUAAUAAACGAGAUUCAAGUAUACCACAUGUUUUAAGUAAUUCAGAAGUUAACCAAUUACUAACACAAUCUUCAUAUAGACCAGCAUCACCGGAUUAUCAAAGUUUAGAUGCAAUUUGGUGUCAUCAAAAUAAAUUUCCUUCUGGUACAAUGAAUCUCAUCCAUCGCCUUCCUAAUACUAAUGCUAAUAAUGGUAACAAUAAUAAUAAUAAUAAUUCACAAUUUAGUCCUACUGCCAAUACUUCUACCAACAUUAAUCAUCAAACAAAUCGUAUACAAGGAAAUAAUCGAAAACUAUUACCAACUCAUUAUUCAUUAGGUAAUCCUGACAAUAAUGUCAAUUCACAAUUGAACAAUGCACAACCAAUGAUGAUGUCAAAUGAUUUUACAGAAUCAUCAAUAAUAACAACACCUCAUGGUUCAAACAUUAAUACAUUUUCACCACAUGCCUACUAUGAAAUAGCUACACCAUCAGAAACAUGGCAUAGAAGAUGUUUACCACUAUUUAUUCCUAAUGUGGAUCAACAUAGAAUAAUUGAUAGCAAUAAUAAUAACAAUGAGACACACGUUAAUUUACAUGCACAAAAUUUAUCACAUUCAACUAAUAAUCAUCAUUUUAACACACAACAUUCCAGU